AUGUCGGCGGUGCCUUCCUUCGACACGACAUCUCUCGAAGACCUCGUGGCCUUGGCGCAAGCCCAGGGGCUGCACGUGGAGGUGGGCUCGAGCGUCUCCGCCGCCCAGUUCCUCGACGCCACGGACUGGAGCCCCGACGCCGCCAUCAACCUCUUCCUCGAAUCCGGGGGCGACGCUGCGGCGGUGGCAGCGGCCGCUGCGCCGCCCCCGCCGCAACGGGGGUUGGCUGCCGCAGCGGCGGCGGCGGCGGCGGCGGCGGCGGGAGGAGCUGGGUAUGGUGCGGCAGCAAGGAGCGGCGGCGCGCGGGGGUGGCCGAACGUUGGAGGGGCGGCGGCGGGCUACGGCGAUGGCCAGAGCGAUGACGACGACAACGAGGAGGGUGCCGACGACCGCGACGACGUAGGCGCGAACCCCUUCUCCGCUCUCGGCGAACUCCCGGGCCUCGUGAUCCCCCCGCCCCCCGCGGGAGCGGCGGCUGGGCGGCCGCCGCCGCCGCAGCAGCAGCAGGGGGGCGGCGGGGGCGGCGGAGGCGGGGCCGCCGGCGGCGGGGGCGGGAGCCCCGGAGAGCAGGACCACCUGUACCCCGGGGGUUUCAGCGAGGAUGGCGUUCGUGCCCCCAUCCCGGCGAGAACGGACCGUCUUAUCGGGGGCAGGGGGGUGCUCGGGGGGGUUGCGGGGGGGGGCGGGGGAGGCGGGGGCGCCGGUAUGAUGCUUGGGGGGAUGUUGGGUGGGGCGAUGGCCGGAGCUGGGCGCAGCAGCGUGGAGGAGAAGGACAACACGGACUGGAUAUUUAAGGCGCCGGAGGGUCUAUCGUUCCCGUCUGACUUCCUGGAGACGCGUCAGAUCUGCAAGGAGCAGAAGAAGUGGCUCAUGGUGAACAUUCAGGACCACCAAGAGUUUGCGAGUCAUCGCUUGAACAAGGACGUGUGGUCGAACGAGACCAUUCUCACGCUGCUGCGGGGCAACUUCAUCUUCUGGCAGCGGAACAAGGCUCUCAGACAGGCCAGGUAUUACGUCGACAAGUAUAACCUGGAAGGUCAGGUGCUGCCGCACACUGCUAUCCUCGACCCCCGCACGGGAGCCCAGCUCCUUAGGGUCGUGGGAUUCGUUGAGCCGGAGGACCUGAGCAUGGCCCUCGUGGAGUUCUUAGAGAACAACAGCAUCGACCAGGUCAAAGCGCCGGCGGUCAGGACGAUCGGUAUGGGUAACAUCGCACAUCAUGGGUACAACCAAACGCCUGGGAAGGACGGAGGAGGCGUGUCGGAGAGGACGAGCCCCGACAACAGUGUCGGCAUGUACAGCGGCGGCCGGGGGGGGAGGGGCGACGCCUCGCUCUCGAGAGACUCGGCGUACGAGUCUUUCGGCAGCGAGGAGUACGUGUACGAAGACGAUGACGACCUCGGUCAGGGGUCAAGCUUCGAUGGGGACGACAACAGCACCGCCAACUCCCACGCCUCUCCCGGGUACCACCCCCAGACCACGCCCAACGCCAAGCCGUCGCCCCCCGCCACCACCCGCUCCUCCUCCCCCUCGCCCCUCACCGUCGCGGGAUCGGGGCGAUCCACCCCGAGCCGGCCCUCGGCGGCGGCAACGGGAGGAGGGGGUGACGGCAAAUCAGCAAAGGCGGAGCUCCCCCCCCCCGGAGGGGCGGGUGCGAUUAGUGCGGCUGCUGGAGCCGGGUUGGUCGGGCCUUGGGGGCGAGGGACGCCGGAGGACGAGCUGCGGGCUGCGGGGGCGGGGGAGGGGGUCUUGGGCGAGUCUGUAGAGGUCCUGCAGGAGCCUGAUGCAGGGAACGGGGUGACCCAGGUGCAAUUCCGGCUGGCGGGAGGUGGUACCAUCGCGCGCCGCUUCUGGCUAAAGGACAGGGUGUCCUUGCUCUUCCAGUUCGUCAGGACGACGGGAGAGGAAGCGGCCACGAGGCCCUUCGACCUGCUCUCGGGCCACCCCCCGUCUUCCCUCCUCGGCAGCAAGGUCUCCACCCUGGAGGCCGCGAACCUCAGCAACUCCGCUAUCAUGGUCCGGUGGUUGUGA